AUGAAGAGAACGCAAUAUGCCUGCGAUCAGUGUAGAAAGUCAAAGAGGGGCUGCGACGCUCCGCCCUUGGAGAUGCCGAGAAACAUGGACCCUCUCCGCGAUGGCAAGAUGAUUGUAGGCGAGAAGCCACCUCUAGCUCAAUCGUCGCCGUGUUCGUACUGCACCAAGACUCAUAAGAAAUGUACCAUGAACUGGGCGUGGACGCAGAUUCAGAUCUCUUAUGCUCUUGCUGCGGCUGCGCGGGGUGAACCAGGUAUUGAAUGCAUUGUCCCCUCGAGGCGCGAUUCAACCUCUACACGACGAGAAUCGACAUCAACAGAGAAUACACGCGAUACACCGAACUCUAUUGUCCCAGACGAUAGCACUUUUGAUGCCCAAUCAGCAGCGCAAUCUUUUGUUUCGCAGUCCCUCCCUCCAGUGCCAGUCUUUUCAGAGAUCGACACCAGUCUAGACGUCCCCUCAUUUCUCGACAAUUCACUCGAUGCGUUACCAUUUGAUUUCGUGCCUGAACAAACAGAGCCUAUUGACUCUAAUUUCUACGGCAUUCAAUUCAAGGAUCUUACUGCACCUGAGGAACCGUUGAGCGAACCCUGGGAAUUCUUCAAAGACUCGACUGUCGCGCCUGAACUUCAAUUCGACGCUGCAUCAAUGUCGCAGUUCCCUACCGUCAGUCCCACGGAGCCUGCACAGUCUCUCAUUGCAGUCAGUCCGAAUAAUGAGAAAGACUGGCGACGGACGAAACGGCGUCGUGUGUCGACUACGUGGAGCGAUACGCAGAGUAGUUCGCUUUCGUCCUUCACUAUGGAUCAGUCGAUGAUGACAAAGUCUAAUAACCUGAUGAUCUCGACGAAUCUGCUGCAGAUUUAUCACGAUGUCUUUGAACAUAAUUUAUCGUGCUGGUUGAAUGAAGUUACGUGUCCGUUUGGUCGGCAGCAGAAGACUGUCUCUCAACCAGGGAAUCUGGCAGAAUGGGGAUCUUCAUGGACGAAUCGAGUUCUGCGACGGACUAUGAAUCUCGAUCGCGUGGCUAAAUCAACGCAAUUGAUUCACAUGACUCGUCAACAAGACUCGGCGACUGCGAAAGCUCUUCAUCUCUGUAUCAUGGCGUUCGCGACACAAUGGGCGCAGAGUUCACGACGACACAGAGAACGAUAUCCCUCACUAGACGACAUCGCAGAAGGGAAUCCACUCAACGAGUACAUGGAUGACUUUAAAGAAGAAUUCGACCGUCAUCUCCAACGCAACAUCUGGGACCAAGCACGUCGCGCUCUAGAUGACGUCGCAGAUGUAGAGUCCUACCGCGUCGUCUGCGCAGAAAUGAUCUUCGGCCUCACCCAAAAACCUCUUGACCCCGAGGACACAGAGCACAGCGACCUCGACACCUCAGGCUGUUUCGAAGACGUAUAUGAUAUGCAAUCUGUCGCCGACGAAAUCGCCAGCAUAAUCGAAAACGACGGCCCGCCCAUCUUAAUAGAGCGCGCAGCUCGAAAAAUGCACACUUUGAAAUACCGCUUCGACGCUGAGCGAAAAGGUCUCACCAAAGGCCGCAAGCGCGCCAACCUCGUGGCGUCAAUGAGCAGCGAGGACGCCGGGACUGUGAGUUUGCUGUACUGGUUGACGGUGAUGUUUGAUACGGUUAGUUCGACGAUGAGUGAGAGGCCGCUUGUUGUUGUGGAUGCCAAUAGUCAGCAUGAUGAUGCGCGUGGCGAUACAGAUUGGAAUGUGCCGCUGUUUAUCCAGGAUAGUCUUGAGAAGCCGAGGCAGAACGUUCACUGGCCUUGUUCCUACGAAGAGGCUGCUGAGGCGGUUACGAGAUCUGCGCCGGUCAAGGUGUUGAUGUUUCGACAUGUAGCGUAUCUACAGAAUUUACUGAGGCAGGGGGAGUCUGGGGAGAAGAUUGAGGAGUUUAUUGAACGGUCUGCAAGGGUUUAUCGCUACUGGAACACGACAUAUGGCACGUUCUUUAGAGAACUUCUUCAGAACUACAACUCCAUCCCCGGCCGGAUCCAAAGCUGGUUCAUCUGCAUCUGCGCCCACUGGAAUCUCGGCGUCCUCCUCCUCGCCGAUCUAAUCCACCACAUCGACGAGCACGCCCUCGGCCUGCCCGCGCCCAGCCAAUCCCGCUCCAACUGCAAAUGGGUCAUGCGGAUCCGCGAGCGCAGCGCCCGAGAGCUAUCGGACCUAGCGCGCGUGACCGCCCCGGACAACAGGACCUUUAUCGUUCCCACGCUCUCAGAGUUCCACCACGCUAUCAACCAGUGCAUGAUACUCACGGAGCCGUGGACGGUCAUUCUGAUACGCGCGUUUUCGAAAGCGGCGAAUUAUUGGAUGGCGGAAGUUAAUGAGCUGUUGCAGGUUGAUCGUGCCGGGGAGGAGUUGGAGGAGAGCGUAGCAGACUUUAUCAAUACUGAAAAAGCAGGGCGGAAGAGCUUUGAUGGGUCAAAGAGGCCGUAUACGUGUGGUGUGACGGGGACGUCGUGGACUGCGGAGGAGGUUGCACGGCGUGUUGACUUUCUUGCGCGCGGGUUAGCGAAAAAUGUCGGGUUUGAUCCGAAUGAUGCAACGCCAUGGGACAGAGUCGUGGCGAUUUACGCUCUCAACACUAUUGAUUACAUUCCCGUUACGCACGCCAUUCACCGAGUAGACGGCAUCGUCACGCCCGCUAGUUCAGCGCACUCAGCUUCUGAACUCGAACAUCAACUUCGAUCAUCAGGCGCAAAAGCACUAUUCACAUGCGCUCCUCUUCUCAGCACAGCACUCAAAGCAGCUUCUGCCGUCGGAAUUCCCGAAAAACACAUUUUCUUGCUCCCUUUGCCUGAGACUCCCUCUGAAGAAUCCUUCAAAACAAUCGAAGAUCUCAUCGCAGAAGGCAAGACUCUACCGCCGUUGGAGUUAUCAGCUUGGACGUCAGGACAGGGAAAACGACAAGUCGCGUAUCUGUGCUACUCAAGCGGUACAUCAGGUCUUCCCAAAGCCGUUAUGAUCUCUCACUACAACGUCAUCGCAUGCACCCUUAUGAUCCAUACCUUUGAGUCCAUAACCCGCGCCCAGGAUAACAUCGACACGCAAGUAGCCCUCGGUCUUUUACCCUUCAGCCACAUCUACGGACUCGUUGUCAUCGCCCAUAUAGCACAGUAUCGCGGUGACGAAAUCAUCGUUCUGCAGCGCUUCCAACUGGAGCAAUUGCUCGCGGCUAUUCAGAAAUUCCGCAUUGAGCAACUCAGCGUCGUACCGCCGAUCAUCGUGCACAUUUUGAGUAGCCAGGAUAAAUGCCAGAAAUACAAUCUCGACUCGGUGAGGCUUGUGUUCUCGGGUGCUGCGCCCUUGGGAGGCGAAACCAUUCAGAAAUUACUCGAGUUGUAUCCAAAAUGGAGAAUCAGCCAAGGCUACGGCUUAACGGAGGCUUCACCAUCGGUAUUUCACACCAGCGAGGCAGAUCCCGUUCUCGGCUCAUCAGGCUCUUUGCUUCCCGGCGCAAAAGUCAAGAUCAUCGACCAGCACGGCUCCGAAGUCACAAGCUACGAAACACCAGGCGAAUUAUACGUCCAGGCGCCGAAUGUCGUGCUGGGCUAUCUUCACAAUGAGAAAGCUAACGCGGAGACGUUUGUGCACCGUGAUGAUGGGCGGUGGUUGAGGACAGGCGAUGAAGUCCUCGUGCGGAAAUCACCACGCGGAAACGAUCAUUUCUUCAUCGUCGAUCGAAUCAAGGAGCUUAUAAAAGUCAAGGGCCAUCAAGUUGCCCCCGCUGAACUGGAGGCGCAUCUCCUCGAUCAUCCAUAUGUAGAUGACUGCGCAGUCAUAGGCAUUGUCGACGAGCGCGCAGGCGAAGUCCCUCUAGCGUUUAUUGUUAAGAGCAAGAAAACGAAAGGUCUGAAUGAUGGGGAUGUUGUCAAGGCUGUUUUCCCAAUUGCCAAUGAGAACCCUCACGUCCCAAUCGCGACCCUGCCCAUGCUCAACGGCAAAGUCUACGCCGCCUUCGAUCCCGCCCUCCUCCAAACCCUCCUCCGCAACAAGACCGCGUCCUUCGAGCCCUUUGUGUUCGACUACGCGAAAAAGACCUUCGCGCUGAAACAGGAGACGUUUGCGAAAGUCAAAGUACCGGGCGUUUACGAUGAAUUUACAGAGGCGAUUCAUGCGAGCUUUCAGGUUAGGCAUUUGCACCAGAUGAAUGUGCAUUUCCUGGGUAGCAUCGCUGCAAAGCUGAACCGCGCGACGAUACGUGCCGAUGGGAUCAAUGCGGGAAAAGAGACGGUCGAAAAUGGACGACUACACGUGGAGAAUCUAUAUCUUUGGUGUCGCGAUGUUAUGAGCCUCGCUACAACGCGUUCUCUCUACGGCGACACUGAUCCGUUUAAUCGCGAUCCCUCUUUAAUUGAAGACAUGUGGCUUUUCGAAGAAUCAGUGCCCUACUUCCUCCUCUCGCUCUUCCCCUCGAUUACAAUGCCAAAGGCCUACAAAGCGCGCUCCACGCUGCAAGACAUCGCGUGUCAAUGGUACGCCAAAGACCACGACAUCCACGACCCCAGCGUCUCAGCCCUCGUACGGAACCGCGCCGGAGCACUUCGCAAGAACGGACUCACGGGAUACGAGAUUGGCAAGUUUGAGGUUAUUCUCCCGAAUGUGGCGACGCUUAAUGCCGUGCCGACGUUUUACUGGCUUUUGCUGUACAUCCUCGACCGACCGGAUCUUCUCGCGCGAAUACGAGCCGAAGCUGAGGAUGCAGCUGUUGUGGAGGAUAAUAAUGAAAAGAGGAGCGCGGCGUUUAAUAUAGCGGAUUUUGAAGAGAAGAUGCCUCUGCUGGUGAGCUGUUAUCGCGAGACGAUGCGGCUUGCGAACCAGACUCUUAGCAUGCGACGCAUCCUCCAAGACACAAGCGUCACAACGCCCGAAGGAACAACAUAUCUUCUCAAAAAGGAUACAGACCUACAACUCCCCGCUGGCGUAGCACACUACGAGGACAGUGUCUGGGGCGCAGAUGUCAACGUCUUCAAUCCAGAGCGCUUCCUCCCCGCAUCCAAGGGAAGUGCAGAAGACGAGCGCAAGCGAAAAGCAGCGUACAUACCCUUCGGCGGCGGUCGCCAUCUCUGCCCAGGUCGCAACCUCGCCUUCGCAGAGAUAAUUGGCUUCUCGUCUGCCUUACUACUGGGCUUUGAGAUUGAGGCUGUGGGGAUGGGGUUUGGGGAUGUCAAGAUGCUGGGGCCGCAGCUGGCGGGCGGGACGGUACGGCCUGAGAGGUAUGGCGCUGGGCUAGGGGCUACAAUCACAAUGAGAAAGGGAUGGGAGGAUGUAGAGUGGAGGUUUGAGUGUUGA